CUGAGUCGGAACAGGAUCCUUUCACCCAGGCAUCUCCUCCAGUGGGACCCGCCAGCGGCCAGCACCAUGUGGGUGACCAGACUUCUGCCAGUCCUGCUGCUGCAGCAUGUCCUCGCACAUCUCCUUCUGCUUCCCAUCGCCAUCCCCUAUGCAGAAGGACAGAAGAAAAGAAGAAACACACUUCAUGAGUUCAAAAAGUCAGCAAAGACUACUUUAAUUAAAGAAGACCCAUUACUGAAGAUAAAAACCAAAAAAAUGAGCACUGCAGACCUGUGUGCCAAUAGAUGUAUUAGGAAUAAAGGACUUCCAUUUACUUGCAAGGCCUUUGUUUUUGAUAAAGCAAGAAAACGAUGCCUCUGGUUCCCUUUCAAUAGCAUGUCAAGUGGAGUGAAAAAACAGUUUGGCCAUGAAUUCGACCUCUAUGAAAACAAAGACUACAUUAGAAACUGCAUCAUUGGUAAAGGAGGUAGCUACAAGGGAACGGUAUCUGUCACAAAGAGUGGCAUCAAAUGCCAGCCCUGGAAUUCCAUGAUACCCCAUGAACACAGCUUUUUGCCUUCGAGCUAUCGGGGUAAAGACCUACAGGAAAACUACUGUCGAAAUCCUCGAGGGGAAGAAGGGGGACCUUGGUGUUUCACAAGCAACCCAGAGGUACGCUACGAAGUCUGUGACAUUCCCCAGUGUUCAGAAGUCGAAUGUAUGACCUGCAAUGGGGAAAGUUAUCGAGGUCCCAUGGAUCAUACAGAAUCAGGCAAGAUUUGUCAGCGCUGGGAUCAUCAGACUCCACAUCGGCACAAAUUCAUGCCAGAAAGAUAUCCUGACAAGGGCUUUGAUGAUAAUUAUUGCCGCAAUCCCGAUGGCAAGCCGAGGCCAUGGUGCUAUACUCUUGACCCUGACACCCCUUGGGAAUACUGUGCAAUUAAAAUGUGUGCUCACAGUACUAUGAAUGACACAGCUGUCCCUAUGGAAACAACUGAAUGCAUUCAAGGUGAAGGAGAAGGUUACCGGGGCACAGUCAAUACCAUUUGGAAUGGAAUUCCAUGUCAGCGAUGGGAUUCCCAGUAUCCCCACCAGCAUGACAUAACUCCUGAAAAUUUCAAGUGCAAGGACUUAAGAGAAAAUUACUGCCGAAAUCCAGAUGGGGCUGAGUCACCCUGGUGUUUUACCACUGAUCCAAACAUCCGAGUUGGCUACUGCUCCCAAAUUCCAAAAUGUGAUGUGUCAAGUGGACAAGAUUGUUAUCGUGGCAAUGGCAAAAAUUAUAUGGGCAAUUUAUCCAAAACACGAUCUGGACUAACGUGCUCAAUGUGGGAAAAGAACAUGGAAGACUUACACCGGCAUAUCUUCUGGGAACCAGAUGCUAGUAAGCUGAAUAAGAAUUACUGCCGGAAUCCUGAUGAUGAUGCCCAUGGUCCCUGGUGUUACACCGGGAAUCCUCUCAUUCCUUGGGAUUAUUGCCCUAUUUCUCGUUGUGAAGGUGAUACCACACCUACAAUAGUCAACUUAGACCAUCCUGUAAUAUCUUGCGCCAAAACAAAACAGUUGCGAGUUGUAAAUGGAAUUCCAACAAGAACAAAUGUAGGAUGGAUGGUUAGUUUGAAAUACAGAAAUAAACAUAUCUGCGGAGGAUCAUUGAUAAAGGAAAGUUGGAUUCUUACUGCAAGACAGUGCUUCCCUUCUCGAAACAAAGAUUUAAAAGACUAUGAAGUUUGGCUUGGAAUUCAUGACGUGCACGGGAGGGGAGAUGAGAAGCGCAAACAGGUCCUCAACGUCUCCCAGGUGGUGUACGGGCCGGACGGGUCGGACCUGGUGUUACUGAAGCUGGCUAGACCUGCUGUCCUAGAUAAUUUUGUUAGUACAAUUGAUUUACCUAAUUAUGGAUGCACAAUUCCUGAAAAAACCACUUGCAGUGUUUAUGGCUGGGGCUACACUGGAUUGAUCAACUCUGAUGGCCUAUUACGAGUAGCACAUCUCUUUAUUAUGGGGAAUGAGAAAUGCAGUCAAUAUCAUCAAGGGAAGGUGACUCUGAAUGAAUCUGAAAUAUGUGCUGGAGCUGAAAAUAUUGGAACAGGACCAUGUGAGGGGGAUUAUGGUGGCCCGCUUGUUUGCGAACAACAUAAAAUGAGAAUGGUUCUUGGUGUCAUUGUUCCUGGUCGUGGAUGUGCCAUUGCAAAUCGUCCUGGUAUUUUUGUCAGAGUAGCAUAUUAUGCAAAAUGGAUACAUAAAAUUAUAUUGACGUAUAAGGUACCACAGUUGUAGCUGAUGUAACUGUGUCUGAAGCUACCAUCAAUACAACUCUCUUUCACAUGAAGAUACAGAGAACAUGAAAUUAAAAUGUCACUUAAAACAAUCCUAAGACAACUACUUGAGUGUCAUGUUUGUUAGAUACUCAUUAAUAUUUAUGGGUGUUUUCUGUUGUUUUGUUUGUGAGUGUUAUUUUGUAAAUGUUGAGUGAAUUAAGGUACAUGCAAGUGUAGUAACAUAUCUCCUGAAUAUACUUGAAUGGAUUAAAAAAUGCAAAGGUGUAAUUGCUGGAUGACAAACGAUGUUAUAGAAAAAUCAAUUAAUCUCUACGCUGCUUUCCAAGACUAAUUUCUUAAUAAUGAAUAAACCAUAAGUUGAACAUUAUUUUAACCUCACAAAAACAAUUUAUACCUUGUUUCUUUAAAUUUUAACUCAAUAUUAAAUUAUAUUACUUUUCAUACACCACACAUUAUAUUUCAUUUGUUUCUCCUUACCGUGUAUCCUGUAAUACUGGUACACAUACUUUUUAUAAGAACAUGUACCCACAUACACAAGCCUAGGUACACAUGUGCAUGCACUAGAGUUCAAGUUGCGGUGUCUCUAAUGUAACGUUAAAUAUUUUGAAAGUGUGUACUUACAGUUUUUCCUUAAGAAAAACAGUUCUAAAGACCAGUAGAAAUAUUAAGGAAAAGUGCAACAUAGGAAUGACUAGCUCAUCCUGAUAUAUAAUCUGCAGGUGGCCUCUACUGGUUGGCGUUCAAGGUGUCUUCAUGACCCACUAAGUUAAGUAACACCUAAUCUAGGUGGUCACACAUAUUUAUCAUCCAGAUUAUUUCAUGUAGUUUCUAAUUCCUAAAAGGAAGAGGGCAAUAUGUGUAUUAGUAUCAUUUCUUUCCUCCAAAUUUAGGACCACUUUUUUAUGCAAGAUAUUUUUAGAUUUAUUUUCCUAAAGUAUUUUUUAAAAUUCUUAGAUAACCAUGUAAUUGAAAUUUAAAAGUGUUUUGGCCAUUAAAGACUUGCUGUGAUUGGCUUCUAGCUCAUCCUCUUUAAUUUUAAAAAAUUAUUUCAGAGGAAUAUUUCCAUGUUUCCAAAGAUUUGCAAAUAGCUUUUUUUCAAAUUAUUCAUUAAAAUAUAUAUUGAAAAAAAUCUAAAUACUUUUUUCCACCUGGAAGUCUUUUAUCCUAAUAGAACUUUAUUCAAGUAAAAGAAAAGGAAAGAAAAUGGUUUGUCUAAACUCUGUAUUCAGUUUUUUAAAAAAUGGAAUUGAAUCUGCUAAAUGAGAUAUUUUAUCAAGAUAGCUUCAUUCGAUCUUAUUAAUUUUACAUACAUCUGUCCUAAGACCAUGGGAAAUAUUCACUUAAGUGUUGUAUUUUGUAUGAUAAUCAGUAAAUUAUCAUAUUACUGUAUUUGUCGUGAUUAGCUAAAGAUCAUGUAUUUGUCGAGAAAUGAGAUAAAGACUAAUAGGAUAGGUUCUGACUUUUUACAAAAUCUUCCUUAUAGAAGCUCUUUAAAAAUAGUGAUUUGAAUGACUCAAAGCUAGUAUCCCUGUUCCUCCAACUAGCUUCUCUAGAAGGAUCUCUAUUAAGGCCGGGAGAUUUAGCAAAGGGUAACACCACCCCACCCAUAAGCCACAGACGUGGGGGUGAAAGCCGCUCCCCCUUUGGGAAGCUCCCUUUGCAAGAGAGGGAGGAGGGAGGAACUGACCAUAAAAGCCAGAUGAGCGAGACCUGUGUGUCCUUUAGGUGGUAGGACCGGGUGUAGUCCUGCCUGUCUCUCUGGUGAGGGCUACUAUUGAGGCUGGGCAUUCUUUUCUUAAUAAACUACAAAACAUAAAAAAUCCAAUUUAUUCAAAAGAUCUAUUUCAUUUUGAGUCAUGGACCAAACUUUCUUUCAAAUGAGAAGUUUUCUUUGCUAUUUUUGUCUUGGCUGUUUGAAUAAUGGUCAUUUGUUGCUAUAAUUAUGGACAUUUUCUUAUGUCUACCAGGAAUAGUAAUGUAAAAUUAAAAUAUUUGUCAUAACGCCUCUGCCGUGCAGAAGGGAUAAUAAUCCUUUUGUAUACUUCUUUAAUUUUAUUGUAAAAUAUGUAAUGACUUUUACCUAUUUGCUGUGGGCAGGUCCUCAGUACAGUGGUUUCUAUUGAAUCAGUCUCUAAUAUUAACAGGCUCUUGCUUGCUAUCUCAGUGUUUCAAACUGUGGGAAAUGUGAGACACUGGAAGGCAAGAAAAAUUACAAUAAUGGUAUGUGAUAGCAAAAUUGUAUUUCACUUAUUCCUGUGAAUAUUUCUUGUUGGUACCAAUGGUACUGUACAAAGUGAAUGUUAUAGCCACAACAUUCUCUUAAAAAACAACACUGUCAAGAAGUUAAAAAUUGCUGUCAGGUGUUUUCUUGUUUCAAAACAUAUUUUUAAAAAUAGAUACUGCAAUAUAGAGAUCAUGAUGUAAAUAAUUUUAAUAAACUCUCAGACUAAAACUAUUAAAUUGAUUUACUGAGGUUCAAAAAUUGACUAUUUUCAAAUAAUUAUAUCCCAUAUUUAUAGACACCAUCAUUUGAAAAAUAAAUUAAUUUGAAUAAAAAGACACAGUCUUGGUGUGACUAAAUUACUUUUCACAGUAAAGUCUAAAAUUUAACUUUCAAAGUUCAACUAAGUUCUGAACUAAGAAUUUACUAAUACAAAAAAAAACCAUGUUAAAAUUCUUUGGACCUUAUAAAUCUUGACAGUGUAAUUUUAAGUAGGUAAUUUCCAUUUGCACAGAAAGUUUCUGUCUUUAGGAAACUGAAAAUGGAAUACUGUGGAUGUUAUGACUGUUUGUGUUGUGUGUAAAUAGGAAAUUGAUAAGCUGCCUAUUCAGUGGUAUAGCAGGAUGCUUACCCCGAAAGGGAACACUGUGGUUAUGACUUGUAUAUGAAGUUUCUGUAGUUAAUAAAGUUGUUAUUUUUAUAACCAUGAUUAUAUUAUUAUUAUUCUUAAUAAUAAAAUAUUUUACCAAAA